AUGCCAAAGAGGAGGAGGAAGAAGAAGAAGAAGAAGAAGAAGAAGAAGAAGAAGAAGAAGAAGAAGAAGAAGAAGAAGAAGAAGAAGAAGAAGAAGAAGAAGAAGAAGAAGAAGAAGAAGAAGAAGAAGAAGAAGAGGAAGAAGAAGAAGAAGAAGAAGAAGAAGAAGAAGAAGAAGAAGAAGAAGAAGAAGAAGAAGAAGAAGAAGAAGAAGAAGAAGAAGAAGAAGAAGAAGAACAAGGUCCAUGUCUCGUUGAUCCAAGCACGUUUCAUGAAUGAUGGGUGA